GGCUAACAUUCGAAAAAGUAAUGUCGGCUUCAUGCACGACUUAACGUAACCGAAUUCAAGGAUCAGCUGUUUCUACACCAGUGUCCUCCACAUGUUACGCCGCCAAAGGGUAACUAGCUAGUGAUUUCCAGUGGUGGUCAAACAUUUUGGUGACGUCGCACCCAUUUUCUGACAUGAUUCGGGUGGUUUCGGAACUCGUCUUACCCUUGGAUAGCCCUUUCCAUACUGUUCUAUGCUGGUAUUGAGUAUCAACAUCCUUCGAGGAGACAUUCGGAAUGAAGAUCGUCAUUUAUUUUAUGGAUACCCAAUUAAUUGUCAAUGUCAUAAGGUGUUUGUUUCCCCCCAAUUGGUGUUUUAUGUGUUUCUUUAUUGAGGACAAUUUUGUUUGCCUUCACCCAUUAACAGUUUGUGUAAAACUAUUUUUGAUUCACAUAUCAGUGAUUAUAUUUGUAUGCCAGUCAGUCCUCUACUACAGAUGUAUUUCUUGUUAUUUUAGUAUUUAUGUUUUCGCAAUAAAUAUACAUGGUCAAUUAACAAGAAAUAGUGCUUGCAUGAUAUUGCACUGAUCAG